UUUCCUCAGUAAACCUACGACCAUGCCUUUUGCUGUCAGAACACACUUUGACGUAAAUCCUUCACCGGCUGCCGCGAAAGCCACCAUGGAAGGAGCACAAUACAACAACAUGGGACGCCAACUCAGCGAGGCGGGUGAUCUCUCAGGGGCCGAGCAAAUGCAUCUUCGUGCUAUAAAGGUGAAGGAGCGCAGCCUGGGUACUGAGCACAUCAAGACCGCGCUGUCCUACAAUGCCAUCGGCGAACUGUACACGAAGAUGGGCCGCCUUGACGACGCCAAAGAGUUUUUGCAAAAGUCUGUCCGCAUCCGCGAUGCCAGUCGCAACCCCGUAGACGAGCUUGAUGCCGCUGGGUCUCGCGAGAACUUGGCGAUCGUCUACGAGAUGCAAGGCAACUUGCAUAGGGCGAAGGAGUUGAGGAGAGUUGGGUUCCCGGACAAGAUGCUGUGCGCCCAUUACUACUGUCCUCACUUAACUCAGCACAGGAAGAAUUUAAUGCAAUGCCGUGGAUGCAAGUCUAUCUAUUAUUGCGGGAAAUCUUGUCAGACGGCUGAUUGGAGGCGCCACAAGAAAUACUGCAAGAAAGAGCAGGCAGAUGUGUAAAAAAACGAUUCGAAUAUCGCUUUGUAGUCGCUGUCUUGUUGUAUUGUAUCGAUAAUUGUAUCAUAUUGCCUGCCGUCGUUGUAUUGUAUCGAAAUGUAUCAUAUUUUCUGCCGUCUUGACGAGUGUAGUCCUUU